CCUAUAUAUUCUGAAAUAUCCUGAGCCUUCAUUCCACUCAGACGCGUUACAAACAGCUUUGGUUUCUCAUAUUUCUCUUAGCUAACUCCAUCAAAGCCUACCAACAGAUUUAUUUAUUUGUUUUGUAACUAGCUUGCAAGUGCAUUCAUCGGAGGAGAACCAUCCAUUUCGUUUAUAGGGUACUUCACUUCUCAUCCCAGGCCGAGGAAUUUAGAUUUCUUGUUGGAUAAUUUUGUGUUCGUAUGAAAUGGAGGUGGGUACUUGGGAACCGGAGUUGACCAACGUCUCCGCCUGCACCCUAUGUGUUCCGGCAUCAAUUUCCCCUGGACGGCUGCUCAGCUGCAGCGUUGGAAAGAAUCAUGUCUACCAAAAGCUGCCUCAACAGCCCCUUAAGCUCUUCGUUAUCAAAUUGGACGGCUCUAGCUUUGAGGUGGAAGUUCCGAAGACGGCGACGGUGGCCGAACUUAAAGAGGCAGUGAAGGAUGUUUUUAAUCAGUCACCAAUAGAUGAAAUGAUUUCAUGGUCACAUGUGUGGGGUCAUUUUUGCUUAUGUUAUCAAGGCCAGAAGCUUCUCGAUUAUAAGGCAUAUAUCCGACUUUUUGGAAUCAAGGAUGGCGAUCAGAUAUGUUUUGUGCGGCAUGUUUCAAUUAAGUAUGAGGGCAGGGAAAAGAGACGAAUAGGGUUGUGGAGGAAAAGGAUAUAUGACAGCCCUGCCUAUGAACAGCUUGUGAUGAACAAUCAUUACACGUGAUGAAUUGCCAUGCAGUAUUAGGCUUGUGGACACGAAUGCUUCCACAGAUGACAAAUCUGAUAUCCCUUCAUUCUUUUUUUCUUUUUUUUUCGGUUAGUCAUUGUGUUGUUUAUAGGUGCAGUAGAUUCACAGGAACAUUGUAAAUUGUUGAAAUAACAUGGUUCGAUUGUGACCAAAAUCGAAAUCGAUAAAUGUUUCAAGCACCAACGAUGCCAUGGAAAUUUAAUUAGGAGACUUAUAGAAGGGUAGGUAGGCGAUCAAACAUGUUGAUGAGAGGAGGAUAUCUAAAUGUCUUACUCUGCAUAAUUGUAUAGUUAGCCAUGAGUUCGGACUCACUGCAGAACUCAUUAACUUGGACUACGAUACAUUUUUCUUUUUUGUGUAUAGCUAGCUAAUUGGACGUAGAUCUAAUGUACAUGUACGUUCGACUUGGUCCAUCUAUUUUUAUGCCAUUUGUUCCUUUUCUUUUCUUGUUUAUA